AGGCGAAACCUUUUGAAACAUUGUGUUCUAAGAAGUCCAUAUUGUACCGAACGUAUAAUUUUGGAUAAGGCAGUUAAUGAUGGUAUAUAUAGGGGAUUCCGGUCCUAUCAUCCGGCAUACAGGAGACCUUGUUUGGAUGUUUUUAUUCUACUCCGUUGACUGAAGGUCAAACUUCAGACAAUUUUUUUUUACAGUUUAUGUUUUGUUAUCGUAAACACGGGAAGUGAAGAAUUUCGUCGCAUGUUUUCGACAUGCGAAAAUUGAAGGCUCUCUUCUGUUGGAGCUGGCUUCAAGUCAGACGUUACAGUCCCUAAAAUUAAUCUUACGUGAUGUCAAGAGACUAAGCAUUUACUUUGCCAUACUAUUAGAGGUUGUUGUUAACAGAAUGUCAGGAAGUCACUCAAGCUCUGAUGACAGCAGCGAUUCCAGGAAAAGACCUCGGGAGAAAGAUAUGGACCCAGAUACUAGUCCGAAACGUCCAAACUGUGGUAAGUUUUUCAAACUUGUUAUCUAUAUGACAAUUCAUGUUUAUAACCGGUAAAAACUAUGUUUCAUAUUAAAGAGGAUAAUGUCCAGCUGAAAAUCUUGGUUCCAUCAAUUGCUGCUGGAGCAGUCAUUGGGAAGUCUGGCGAGGCCAUCGGCCGGAUUCAAAAGGAUACUAAUACAAAGGUCAAGAUAUCAAAACAAGAUGAAUUUUAUCCUGGUACAACAGAACGUGUUUGCCUAAUUAUUGGAUCGUUCGAUGGUGUCAUUACUGUACAUAAUUAUAUAAUGGAUCGAAUCAUGGAAAAACCUGAUCCUAAUCCAAAUACAACUGGAGAAGGCAGACUGAAUGUUGAACGUCAUAAGCAGGUGAAAAUUCUUGUACCGAAUAGUACAGCUGGUAUGGUUAUAGGGAAAGGUGGAUCAUAUAUUCAAGAGAUCAAAGAGAAAACUGGUGCAUAUGUGCAAAUUUCACAAAAAUCUCGUGAAUUCAAUCUCUUAGAACGAUGCAUUGUUGUUGCCGGUGAAUUAGAUCAAGCACGCGCUGCUGUUCAUUUAAUUUUAAAUGUUAUUGCUACAGAUCCACAAUCAGCUAGUUGUCCAAAUCUUUCAUAUCAUGAUAUUCAAGGACCAGUAGCUAGUGUUUAUCCAACUGGUUCACCAUAUGCAACACCGAUUAUUCCUUAUUUAACAGGUUCGACUAUUUUAUCUAAUCCAUCAAUUGAUACAAAUUCUGCUUCUGCUACAGCAGCAGCGGCCGCUGCCGCUGCAGCGGCAACUAUGAUGGCAGCAGCUGUAGCAUUUACACCUGGUCCAUCGUCACAACCAACCACAUCAUCAUUUAUUUCUUCACCAGGUGGUAGUACUACAUUUGGAUUUUUUCCAUCGAAUUUUCAAUCAACACCAGAUAUUGCAACAAUUGCAGCGUUAACAUCAAAUCCUACAGCUACUGGUGGAUCAAUCGUUUUGCCGUCUAUACUGCCUAACACUGGUAAUGAUAGAACUCUAUGUAGUAAUUUGUCAGGAGAUUUAUUUUCACAAACUGUUGGUGUGGGUGGUAGUAGUUCACCAUGGUCAAAUAUUUCAGGACGAACUGGAUUCGAUGUAAUAGUGCCUGAUCUUAAUGCUGCUUCUGCAUUAACAGCAGUAUCAGUUGCACAAGAAGCUUUAACUGGAUCUUUCAUAUCACCUAAACCACAAGAUUCUCAGUCAAGUCGUUCUGCAUUAUCGCCUCCAGUAUACUUUCCUUCAUCUUCAUUUAUUCCAGCACCACUUCGAAUGUCUCCUACAGCUUUAUUUGGUUAUCCAACAAUUGGUUAUGGAAAUCCUCCACCUGUACAACAUAGUCAUUUAACACCAACUCGAGGUAUACAACCAAUACCUUUAACUGAAACUAGUUCAUCAUCAAUUUGCAGCAAUUCAUCAAAUUUACCAUCAUUAUUUACAUCACCAACUGGAUUAACUGCUAAUAUUGCUACAUUAGCUGCUCUUUCCGCUGCGAUUACAGUAUCAGGUGUACCAACUGUAACAAAUACAAUUACAACAAAUGUAACAAUUAAUUGUACAAAAUCUUUACCAAUUCUUUCAAAUCCUAAUCCACUUGGUACUGGUUCAACUGGUGCUUUAUUUAAUUUAUUACCUUGUUCUCAGUUAUCAUCAUUUAAUGUUACACCAAUUGUACCACAUGUAGUUGUAUCGAAUGAUUCAAUUACAAUGUCAUUACCUAAUUUAUCAUCAAAUCCAUUUUUAUUAUCACUUACAGAAGGUGAUAUAAAUCAACCUAAUAUACAACAACAAUCAUCUUUAGCUCCUAGUAUAAAUUCAUCGGCACAAGUUACCGCUUUACCAUCUUCAUCAACAUUAAUUGGAUUUCAUGGAUUACAAUAUAAUUCAGGAUCAAAUAUCAUUACACCUAUGGGAAAUUAUGUUGCAUACAGACGUGUUAUAUCUGUUCCAGAAAGUGUGAUCAAUAUAAUCCUUGGUCAUCAAGGUCGAUCUAUUAUGGAUUUACAAUUAUUUACUGGUACUGUCAUACAAAUAUCUCAGAAAAGCACUUAUUUAUCUGGUACACAAUAUCGUACUGUCACAAUAAUUGGACCACAAGUCAAUGUACAAUCAGCAGCUGAUGUAAUUGAGCAUAUAGCAGCUAUUGAGCAUAUGAAACGAGAAUCUGGUUCAUAUCAACAACAUUCAUUAUCGUUAUCACUUCCUGGCAAUGGUAGUAGUAGUACUGUUGGGCGUCCAUGUAGUGUUAGUGGUGGUCAACUAAAUUCAGAUUAUUUUAUACAGUCUGGAACAUCACAUCCAUCCGCCUCAUUUUCAUCAUCUUGCAUUAAAGGAAACUAUUUAGAAUGUCAGUCAACAUGUCCAGCAUCGAAUACUGGUAUAUCAUGUCCGAUAAGUAUGAUUAGUUCACUUCCUUUGACUACUUGUAUAACUACUGUUAAUACUGCUAAUAGUAGUAGUGGUAAUAAUAUUAUUAUUACUGGUUUGUCUUUUCCAUCGUCGUCUUGUGAUACUGCUGCUUCUGCUUCAAGAAGAUCUGGAGGAGGGAGUGCUGGUGUUAGUGGUUCUGGCGAUUCACUAUCUUUUCAAAGUUCAAUCGACUCAGUAUCUAUGCCUGUAACUAAACGUGAUGAAACACACUAGUUUAUUCAUAUUAAUACCAGCGAAUCAUUAAAAUGUAACAAAAUAAUUCUAUCACGAUUAACACUACUUAUAAUCGUAGUGGUAGUAGUAAUUACUGUUGUAGAGUAUUAGAAGUAGUGUUUUGUUGUUGUUGAAAGAAUAGCAGUUAACACCGGUGGAAUGUUAAUAACAUAAAGCUAGACGAUCCCACUUGAAUUGAUAAACUAAAUCACACACACAAACACAAUUUAUAUGAUUUCAGCUUUACACUCUAUUCGUCUUUCAAUGAACACAAAAAGAAAACUAGUUGAUUUUAUUUGUUUAUCUAUUUAUUUAUGUAAUAAACUUAUUUUUCUGUUUUACUUUUUUGGGUGUGCAUAUAUAUGUGUGUAUUAUGUAAUAAUGACAAUGAUGGACAAUUUUAUUGAUUUUAACUUCUACAUAAUUUGGUGUCCUUUUGAUUAUUUAAUGCCUUUGGUUCCUUCACUCCGUCCCCUUCGCCCAUAGUCUAUACAUAUAUAUUCGUAUAUGUGCAUAACCGGACGUUUAUUUUUUGUAUCCCAUUUGUCUUGGGUGUUUCAGAGGUUACAUUCAUUAUUGCAUAAUUUUUUCUCUUGAAGGUUAAUAAUUCUCAUAGCGCCAUUUUAUAUAUUUAUGACUUUUAUGACCCUUCUAAUUAAGAUUAUUUAUUACUAUGGUUAUUAUUUAUUAUUUUUGGUUUUACAUAAGUAAAACUAUUAUCUAUUAUAUAUCGUUGAAUAUUGAUUUUUUGUUUGUUUUCCUCAUUCUCAUUUUAUUUAUUUAUUUGUCAUUGACGGGCCGUUUUUUUUUCAUUUUGUGGAUGGGAAAUUGUUUUUCUUUUUAACUGAAUUAUUCUAUAUUUAUUGAUCAUUAAAAGAUUUACCUUAUCCUUAUUUGAAGUUCCAUGGUCUUAUGAAUCCAAUUCUUAUUAUUAUUCGGUCAUAGAUAUCUGUGUUUAAUGAUAUAGUUGUUAUGAUAUUUCUAAAACUAUUGUCAAUGUCAUUUAGUGAACAUUGACUGGGUUUUUUUUAACCUAACCGCCAUAAUACUACUGAACAAUUGCUUUUCUUUUACAUUCUUUUUUAAAUCUAUUAACCUUAGUUUUAUGUUUUUGUUUUCGAAAUAAAUCAAUGUAGUUUUAAGAUAACCAUAACGUUAUCUUCAUUCGUUUCUCUUGAUAUGAAUGCUAAUUAUAUGUAUACAAAAAAAAGGAAAGGUAACUGUCAAUGUUUGAUUGUUAUUCUUUAAUUGGUUUUCUUUUCUCAUUGUGUUUAUGCUACUAUACAUCAAUUGGAAUAUAGAAUUGUUUAUAUACUUUACUAAUAGUGACAUUGUGUGACUAAUUUCUUUAUUGGACAACUAUAUUCAAUAUUUAUCGUUACCAAAUGAUGUAAUCUGUUUAUUUAAUGUUUAAUAUGUAGAUAGAUAAAUCAUUUGUCUUUUGCUGAGAUUAUUAUUCAUGGUUUCAUAUUGUCAAUUUCAUCAUAUAAAAUUAUCCGGUGUAUUUUUUUCCUUCUUUGUUAUUUAGAUUUGUUAUCUUUUCUCUCUUUUUUUUCAGUGCUAUUUAUGAUUCAAUCUUUAUGUAUAACUCUAUUUGUAUAGUGAAUUGUUUAUAUAUGAGCAGUGUCUGAAAGAUCUUUAUGUAUUAUGUAAGUGUACGUGUGUAUUUAUGUUCACAUGGUAGUAUAUAUACUGCUGUCCAGUUGCUCGUUGUUGUUUUUUUAGAUCAAUAAAUUUCAUUAGUGGCCACCCAUCAGUGAUAAUUUCAUUUAAUUGUCCUUAAUUGUAUACAUGCACUGUGUUAUGUAAAUGGAACAUUUGUAUUCAGUGUAAUUUCCUUCUUACAUCUGUGGUAAGCACAAGUCUAUAGCUUCAAAAAUAAAAUGGUUGUAUUUUUCUACUGAAUGCACUUUUACUACUGUUUAUUUAGAAAGUAGUAUAACUUGCUUAGCAAAAGUAUUCUGUUUUUAUGUUUAUGUAGUUCCCGUUGGUUUCGUAUUAUCUUAAUUAAGAAAGAAAAUGAAUAUUCUUUUUGAUUAACACAAAUCUUAUACAAAAAUCACAUCUCAUAAACUAUCUAUUGAUGGAGAGUAAUACUGACUAUAUUUCUUGUCCCGGUUCUUUUGCAUUGUUAUUCUUUAUAUCAAUAUUUAUGGUACUCCAUAAUCUGCUGUGAAUUUAUAAAUUUCUUUGUUUGUUUAUCUGUUUUUUUUCAUUGUAAAAUAGAUGCCUACCUACUUUUAGUUCUAUUUCCAUCAUGAACUUUAUGGAAUAAUUCCUCAUCACUCAUAGGCUACAGAAUCUUUCUCUUCGAUUUCUUUUUUUGUUGCAAACUAUCUAAGAAGUUUUCAUUUCUUCUUUGUUUUUCUUAAACAUUUUUUUUUCUUAAUUUAAAACUAUUCUAAUGAUAUUACAAUACAAUGAAAGAAUGUCCCUUAUCUUCAUUACUCUAUUCAGUUGUGUUUUUUUUUUUAAUUUGAUUUUAUAUAAAUAAUUUGUAGGAAAUGAACUGCUUACUGAAACGUUUUCUUUUUUGUUGUCAAUUCGAUUUCAUUAAUUCAUCUUGAUGUGAAUAGAUAUUUGUUUAUUGUGUAGUUGUAUUAAUGAUCAAUUGUUUUUGUUAUUAUUAUUAUUGUCUUAUACAAAAUACAGAUUAAUGUUCUAGUUUGAUAAACAUUUUGUUGAUAUGGUGAUUAUUACUGAUUGUGAAUUAUAGUCAAUAAUUGUCAAUGAUAUACAGUGUCAGAGAUGUUAAUGUUUCUUUUUUAUUUCUUCUAUAUAUAUAUAUGGUACUUUAUUAUCAGAUUCAUAUCCAAAAGAAAAACAAUAAAUAGAGAAAAAAAUGUAUGUUCACUUUACAAUUAUGUACUGUCUAUCAUGAAGAAAGUGUUUUGAAAGAAAGUAGAUUGUUAUAAUAUAAACACUUUUUUCUUUUGUUUCUUCAGUUCAAUAAAUUACAUUAUGAGAUGAUGGAGAAGAUUUGUAACUCAAGUGGAUGAUUUCGAUGGAGUUUUGUUCUUUGAGCUGGAUGGUUUGGUCGUGGAGCUUUCAUCGUUCUUCUGAACGACAUCAUCAGCACAAACUUCAGAUAGGAG